ACUGGCUCUACAUGGGGAAUAUGAGGAUCUCGGGAGGACGCCAAUGAUAAAUAGUAUUCCAGACUCCCCUGCCACAUAAGAAGACCACGGAACACCCUCCUCAGAGACCCCUUGUUUGAUAACGAGGGACGAUUAAAUAUCCACAUAGUAAGGCGCAUCAGCAUCCAUCAUGAAUCCCAUGUCACAUCUAUACUACAAAAAGAGCACCUACUCUCCGUACCGGGACAGAAUCCCUCUACAGAUCGUCCGGGCGGAGGUAGAGCUGUCUCCAGAGGAGCGCUCGUUCCUUUCAGCCGUAGAAAAGGGUGACUAUGCAGGGGUCCAGCAUGCACUACGUGAGGCGGAGGUCUAUUACAACAUUGACGUCAACUGCGUGGAUCCGCUGGGCCGCAGUGCGCUACUAAUCGCUAUUGAGAAUGAGAACCUUGAGGUGAUGGAGCUGCUUCUGGAUCAUGGAGUGAACACUGGAGAUGCUCUGCUCUAUGCCAUUCGCAAAGAAGUGGUGGGAGCCGUAGAGUUACUGCUGUCCCACAGGAAACCCAGUGGAGAGAAACAGGUUCCAUCAUUAAUGAUGGACGCCCAGUUUUCAGAGUUCACACCUGACAUCACUCCCAUCAUGCUCGCCGCCCACACAAACAACUAUGAGAUCAUCAAACUCCUGGUCCAACGCAAGGUCACCAUUCCUCGGCCGCACCAGAUACGCUGUGAUUGUGUGGAGUGUGUGUCCAGCUCUGAGGUGGACAGCUUGCGUCACUCCCGGUCCCGUCUCAACAUCUAUAAAGCACUCGCCAGCCCCUCUCUCAUUGCCCUCUCCAGCGAGGAUCCCAUCCUAACCGCCUUCAGACUGGGCUGGGAACUGAAGGAGCUCAGUAAAGUGGAGAACGAGUUUCGACAAGAGUAUGAGGAGCUUUCUCAGCAGUGUAAGCUCUUUGCAAAAGACCUGCUGGACCAGGCACGUAGCUCCCGUGAGCUGGAGACCAUCCUCAAUCACCGUGAUGACCAGAGCGAGGAGUUGGACCCGCGAGAGUGCCGAGACUUGGCCAAACUCAAGCUGGCCAUUAAAUAUCACCAGAAAGAGUUUGUGGCGCAGCCAAACUGUCAGCAGCUCUUGGCCACACAGUGGUAUGACGGCUUUCCUGGCUGGCGGCGCCGUCACUGGGCAGUUAAGCUGGUCAUGUGCUUCAUUAUCGGCCUGCUCUUCCCUGUCUUCUCGCUGGUCUACCUGCUGGCUCCAAAAAGCACGCUGGGGCUCUUCAUCAAAAAACCCUUCAUCAAAUUUAUUUGCCACACAGCCUCCUACCUCACCUUCCUCUUCCUCCUCCUUCUGGCUUCACAGCACAUAGCACGCACCAACCUACACAUACAGGGCCCUCCACCCACUGAGGUGGAGUGGAUGAUACUACCUUGGGUGCUAGGCUUUAUUUGGGCUGAGAUUAAGGAGAUGUGGGAUGGAGGUUUUAAUGUGUACGUCCAUGACUGGUGGAACCUGAUGGACUUUGCCAUGAAUUCUCUCUAUUUGGCCACAAUAUCUCUAAAGAUCGUCGCGUAUGUCAAGUAUAACAGUUCUCGUCCACGAGAGGAAUGGGAGAUGUGGCAUCCGACACUGAUCGCUGAGGCUUUAUUUGCCAUUGCUAACAUCUUCAGCUCACUUCGGCUCAUCUCCCUCUUCACGGCCAACUCUCACCUUGGCCCGCUGCAGAUUUCUCUUGGCCGCAUGCUGCUGGAUAUCCUCAAGUUCCUCUUCAUCUACUGUCUAGUGCUGCUGGCCUUCGCUAAUGGACUCAACCAGCUUUACUUUUACUACGAGACCGAGGCGGCAGAUGAACCCAGCCACUGCAAGGGGAUCCGCUGCGAGAAACAGAACAAUGCAUUCUCUACGUUAUUUGAAACACUUCAGUCUCUGUUCUGGUCGAUAUUUGGCCUCCUGAAUCUGUAUGUAACAAAUGUGAAAGCUCGGCACGAGUUCACUGAGUUUGUUGGAGCCACCAUGUUUGGCACCUACAAUGUCAUCUCACUGGUGGUUCUCCUUAACAUGCUCAUCGCUAUGAUGAACAACUCCUACCAGCUCAUUGCUGACCAUGCUGACAUUGAGUGGAAGUUUGCUCGAACCAAGCUGUGGAUGAGUUAUUUCGAUGAGGGCGGGACACUCCCCCCACCAUUCAACGCCAUCCCCAGUCCUAAGUCAUUCUGGUACCUGUGUCAAUGGGUACACGGGCGGCUCUGUGGGUCGGAGGCUGCUCCGCCUAAAGAAGACCCCCAUAAACAUGAGAAUCUGAAGGAGUUUACGGAAAAGCAUGCUGACAGGCUGAUACAGAAUCAGCAUUAUCAGGAGGUCAUCCGUAGUCUAGUGAAGAGAUAUGUGGCGUCCAUGAUCCGCAGCGCCAAGACAAGCGAAGGGCUGACAGAGGAGAAUUUUAAGGAGCUGAAACAGGACAUUUCCAGUUUCCGCUAUGAGGUUUUGGACCUUCUAGGCAACCGAAAGCCGCCCCGACGGAACUAUUCCUCCAGCAGUGAGGCGACGCUUCGAGACGAGCUCAGUGACGAUGGCGAGGCCUGUCACCACAGCGAUGGGAGCAGCAUCGGGGCCAAAGGUGUGUCUUUCAAAACCAUUACACCUUCGGAUCCAUCGUACGGAGUCUCCGCCCUCUUUCACUCCAUCUCCGGAAUGGAGGUGGCCACAUCGACAACAGCGGCAUCGUCUGCAUACAGGGAGGGUAAACCAAAGAUCAACGGACUGAGGAAGAACCCCUCACCCUCCUCUUCCCUGUCCUCAGUGGCUGCAGCUAGACCUGCACUUUCACGAACUUGGAGGCGCUUUUCACGCUUCUCUAGUUCCAAGAAAAACUCCUUCAGACGGCUCGGGCUGCUGUUCUCACGCAUGGGCAGCCACCUUCCACAGCCUGCAGGUGUUACUGCUGCAACCUACACUAUCUCAGAUGGAUUGCUUCAACCGCCGGGGGCUUGGCAUGACUUGGGCUUCACUAGGGGUGAUGGUCCAGUCACCCGCAGCGAGACCAACCUUAAUCAGGUGGAUGUGGCUGUUUUAAAUGAGGGCGACAAUGCCAUGACAACAAAUGGACAGAGAGCUAACGUGAGGGAUGUUUUACUGACAUUAGGACCUCUGUCCCCACCCUCUUCCCUGCACUGUGCUUCCAGUUUCUCCGCCUACAGCUCCCGCCUCCUGGACUCAAAUGAGGACGUGUUCCAGGGAUUGGUCGGGCCCUGUGGCGGACAAACGCCAGACUCCUCCCACUGGGUAACGGAGCAGGACGAUUCGGUGACCACGCAGCUAUAGUAUUGCGAGUAUGUACUGUACAGCACUUUGAUAAUAACAAUAAUCAGUGAUGAUAUCAAUAACUAUUACCUUAACCACAACCGAUUCUUCUGUUUGUUCUUUUGUUUGCUGCUGCAAUAUUUGUUUCAAUAUUUCUUUCUGGGAUUUAACCAAAUCGAAGGUCAUUUACAAGACAGAUGAGAUGAGUAAAUGAAAUGAUGGACGACAAGAGAUGCAGAAGGGACAGAAAAGUGCCAUAGUCAGCAGAGCAGAC